GUCUGCGAGUGCGUGAGUGCAUGUGUGCGUUAAAUUUUGACGCACGAGUACGUAGACGACGACGGCGACGACGACGGCCAACGGAGUUGUUGAGUCGCGGGCUCGUUCGCUGCUGCGACGAAGGUACGUGUGCAGCAGCUGCAGUAUAUACGCACGUAUGUACGUCACACACGGCGGCUAGGUCCGAGUAGCUAGCGUGCGACGAAACGUUCCAAGCUCUUCGAUAGCGCGCAUUUAAUUAAAAGCGUUAAUUUUUCGCGAGCGCGCGCGCGCUCGCGACUUGCUCUAAUUACGUAAGCGCGAGCAUGAUCUCCGCGAGUCUGCGUCGCGGGCCAGUUCUCCGAUGAUGGUGUUUUUCUCCUCGAGAAGAGGGAAAAUCGAAGAGGUGUAGCUCUCUCGCUCCUCGGACCAGAACUCGCUGAACUAAUCCGUCUGGAAAUGUUGAGCCACAGGACAGAGCACUCGAGUGCAAGAGGUAUUUCCAUCGAUCUGAAGAGUUCCAAUUGCUGAGUAUUAAUUUUGGCUGUAAAGAUUGUCAAAAAAAUACCCUUACAAGAUGCCGCAAGUUCAUGAUGCAGGUACGGCUCCUGAGCCUUUGCCCAACAACCUGAAUGUCUCGGUGGCAGCUAAUCAUCUUGACCUGGCUGGGAUUGCUCCUGUUUUCAACAACAAUAAUCUAAACAGGGCAAGGAACAACAACAAUCAAAAUCCAUUAUUUAGUGUGAGAGACAGGCUCUUCCAUGCCUUGUUCAUCAAAUCUGCUCUCCUCUAUGCUAGAACUUUCCCUCGACCAGUCAGAAGAAUGAUUGAAUUUGUUGUUUUACUGAAGGCAAUAAUGGCAUUUUUUGUGCUGGUUUACAUACACAUAGUAUUUUCUCGUACACCAGCCAAUUGUUUGGAACAUGUGAGAGAUGAUUGGCCAAGAGAUGGCAUCCUCAGGGUAGAAAUAUUAAGAAAUGCUGGGGAAGAUUAUAGUAUAGAAAAAAGUUAUGCCAAGGAAGAGAAAUUACGACAAGAAAAAGUUGAAGACUUGAGUAGUGUUUUAGGAAUAUUAGCUAGAGAUGGAUUUAUAAACAUAGAACCAUCUUCUGUUGAUGAUGAUCAAGCUGCUCACGCAUCUGAUGAGGGAUUACAAAAUUUAACAUUGUCUGAGAAAGAAAUGAAUCUGCGAGGUGCCGCACUAGAGAACUUACGAAACUUUAGCGCAGCUAAUGCAGCUAUCAAUCCUUUUUUAUCAACCCAACAUUGGGAUGGAUACCCAAAGGAUCAACCAGACGAAGCAACACAAGCUACUACAAAAAUACAAGAUAACAUAACAAGUAAAGAAAGCACCAAUACACCCAUUCGGGAUAAUAUUAUUCAGCCUUUAAAAGAUCAAGUUUCUGAAGUAGAAAAAAUAGUUAAAGCAGUUUUUCCAGAAGACGAGUACAUCGUUGAAUACUCCUUGGAGUAUGGAUUUUUGCGCCUCUCGCCGGCCGCUCGACAAAAAUUGAACAUUCCAGUUAAAAUCGUUACAUUGGAUCCUCUGAACGAUAAGUGUUUCGGCGAUGCUUUUUCAAGGUUAAUCCUGGAUGAAUUCUUAGGCUAUGAUGAUCUUUUAAUGGCUAGUAUAAAAACUUUAGCAGAGCAUGAAGACAACAAAGGUUUCUUGAGGAAUGUCGUUACUGGAGAGCAUUACCGUUUUGUAAGCAUGUGGAUGUCGCGGUCUGCAUACAUAGCCGCUUUUUUCAUCAUGCUCGUUUUUACUGUGUCGAUAUCCAUGCUGCUGCGCUACUCCCAUCAUCAGAUCUUCGUUUUCAUCGUGGAUCUUCUACAAAUGCUGGAGUUCAACAACACCGUGUCCUUCCCGGCUGCCUCUCUUCUAACUGUGAUUUUGGCGCUUGUCGGAAUGGAAGCAAUAAUGUCGGAAUUUUUCAACGACACGACGACGGCGUUCUACAUAAUGCUGAUUGUUUUUAUCGCCGAUCAGUACGACGCCGUUUGCUGUCACACGCCGAUCACCAAAAGGCACUGGCUAAGAUUUUUCUAUUUAUACCACUUCACCUUCUACGCUUAUCAGUACCGAUUCAACGGACAGUACAGUAGCUUAGCCCUCGUGACGUCUUGGCUCUUCAUCGAGCAUUCGAUGCUCUACUUUUUCCACCACUACGAGCUGCCGAUGAUCCUGCAGCAGGCUCAGCUCCAGCAGCUACUCUAUCGCAACCACGCUCAACAACAGCAGCAGCAGCAACAACAACAUCAACAACAACAGCAGCAACAGCAGCAACAGCAACCACAGCCACAGCAGCCCAGCAACACCUCGACGAGUACAGCGGCUGCGAGCAGCGCUGGUAGCACAGGAACGACGUCCACGGCUCCGAUGUCCACAACUUCGGCCCAGGAGCAGCGACAACCGGACCAGCGGACGCAGCACGACUACAUCAGCGACCUGUCUCGUAUAGAGAAUCUCAGCGACAUGCAUUACACUGAAUUAGCGCGACUGAUGGCCAACGUCGAUUUGGAGAUCCGUGAUCAACAUCCCGAGGCGACGACGAACCCCUCGACAACCGAAUCGACGGUGUCGUCGUCCGAGUCGACGACCAGCGCCGAUUCAACGUCUACUGCGAAAACCACGACGACGGCGGCCUCCGUCACGAGCAGCAGCAGCAGCAGCCAUGCCGCCGUAGCGACCGGAGGCGCCGAGUCGUCUUCUCUGAGCGAAGCCUCUUCCAACGAGAGCUUCGAGGUGAUCGAGUCUGCUGAGGCGACGACGACUUCGGCUGUAGCCGACGACGAUGCCGAGAAGAGCAGCGUCAGUCGGCAAACCGACUGCUAAAGGCGGCCGGAAUAACAAGGACAACAAAGAAGCGGCGCAUGCGCUGCGUUUUAAGGAACCAUUAUUUUCUUUGUCGACGAGAAGGGAAGCGAGAGAAAGAGAGAAUUAGGAGCGUCGACCACAGGACUGUUCGACUUUCCGAAACGCGCGAGUAGCCGACGCGGCAGGAUUGUUAACUUGCAUGGCGAGUUAUAGACGCGUGCGAGUAUACUCAUCGCGGCGGAAACUGAUUAUAAUCUUGAUUCUCUCGAGCAAUGUGUAUAAUUUUUAAGGCGUUUCUUCGUAUUUCUUUUGUUUCCCCCCACUAGUUGAGCCCUACCCUUUCAUUCUUUUCUCGUUUCCUUUAUUUUUUUAUUAUUUAAACGAUGCGAGAUAGAGUUAUAGAGACAGCAAGAGAGUGAGAGACAAGGAGAGAUGGAGAAAUGAUGAAUGAAGAGAGAAACAGGACCGAGACGUGUAUACAACUCUUUUGUAUAGGCGAGGAGGAGAUGUAGCACUCACGAGCGCUAAUUGUUAUUUAUUGAUUUCUUUUGUAAGUGGUUUUUUUCAAUUAUAUAUAUAUAGCGCAGAAAGCAUAAUCCCUUUUUUCUAUUAUUAAUUGAUCUCGGUUAAGACUUUGAUGAGAACUUGUAAACUAAUAAAAAAAAAACUUGAUAUACUGUACAGCGAAGCAUAAGAAAAACGUCUAGUUGGAUUUUAUUUUGAAAGAAAGGGAGACAGAGAGAAAGAGCGAGAAAGGAAGCUUUACUUUUUCCGUUUUCUCGUAACUAAAAACUAUUGUGAGUGAAUGCACAGAAUUUUGAAUAAAAAUAAUGAGCUAAUUGUCA